AGUUUGCGAGCCUGUGCCAAAGUGAGCCACCUGUUUGCAACACUCACCAAGUGAGGGAAGUAAAAGUUCACAGGCAACAGGCAGCACCGCGAUUUAGCUGUAGAGAAAAGAACAGAGCGGUAUUCACACCAUCAACGUAGCCAUGACUGAUGGAAAUGCACCUCCAGGUGCUGUAACAGCGGAGAAAUGUGAUGUUCAAGAUUCAAAGCAGAGCAGUGAAAUGGACCCAGAGGUGGAGGAGCAGCACAAAUGUGCCACAGGUGAGACCCAGCCCCUCCAGGAGCUGGAAGAGGUUUUGCAUUCAGCUCCACGCUCAUGUCACCAUGGAGAUGAGGUGUGGCCCAACCUGAUUUUGGGAGACAUGUAUGGACUGUGGCAGCUGGACAUCACACAUGUGCUGAAUGCCGCACAUGGUAAACUGUGCUGCAAAGGCACAGAUGACUUCUAUGGGACUACGGUGAAAUAUUACGGGGUCCCAGCCAAUGACCUGCCAACAUUUGACCUUUCACCUUUUUUCCACCCUGCUGCAAUGUUCAUUCACCAGGCUUUGACAUCAGGAGGGAAGGUUUUUGUGCACUGUGCUGUGGGUGUGAGCCGCUCAGCUGCACUGGUCCUGGCCUACCUGAUGAUUCAUCAUCGUCUCAGUCUUCUGUCUUCCAUUCGCUGUGUGCAACAGAAAAGAUGGAUUUUCCCUAAUAGAGGAUUCUUACAACAACUUAUCUACCUGGACCAAAAACUGCAGGAAGAACGGCUAAAACAACCCUAAUGGCAUAAUAAAA